UGUAAGUGUACAAAUUCAACGGAAAUCUAACGAGUAAAUUGCUUGAAUUUUGAUUCAAAUCCCGUUCGACAAGUAUAAAUAUAUAGAGAUUUAUCUAUAUAUAUAUCUGGCCUAGGUGUAGCCCCUCUUCUAGUUACAAGCUCAUUUAUUUUCGCACGAUGUCCGACUACUUCAAGUUCAACAGGCUCUUUGAUAGCCAGACUGUGCGUGGACGCGCCAAUGUUGCCAAGGCCACCUGGGCAUCGGUGGGUCUCAUCUAUGUGCUGGUCAAGAUGCGUCGUCGCAAUGCCAAGCGCCGUGAGGCCUUCCAAUAUUGCAAAGGCUGCCAGCAGAAGAUGCUGCUGUAGCAGCGAAUCAGCGCUAUAUCCAUAUGAACAACAUCCCAUCCCAUCCCAUCCCAUCCCAUCCCAUUCCAUUCCAUUUUCCAUUCGUGUUCCGGGCUGCAUGCAGCUCGGACGUUAAGCGUUACCUAAAUCUCUUGUGUUCUGUUGUCGAGUUUUAAUAAAAACCAAUUC